UUUUCAUUAAUUUCCAGAAACACUGAGCCAUUAUUUUUUUUUCUUCAAUUAUUAAAUUAUAAUAUCAUUUCUUAGAUUAGACACGAACACUCCCCCGUCCCCGUCUCUCCUUUUAUUGUGAUUCGAUUAUUUAAACUUGUGUUUAGAAAAGACCAUUCGCAUUUGAAUGUAAAUAUUUGUUUAUAAGCGUGUAGCACGAUAACGUAUAUAUAUAUAUAUAUAUAUAUAUAUAUACAUGUAUAUAAAAUCAUCGGCUGUUACUGCUGCUGAAGUAAGACGGUGCUCGACAUAAGGACGAAACGAUUUAAAGGACAUUAUUUUAAUAUUUAUAAUAAAUUCGAAUGGGAAUUCAAUUCGUUUGCUUAAACGAAAUUCAAACUUUUCUGGCGGGUUGGAAACAUUCCAAAUUCUUCUAAAAAACUUGUCGACAAAAUUAAAGAUCGAAAUUAUAAGCAAGAAAAAAAAAGAAUCAAAUUAUUUGAAACUUAUCGAUCUACUAAGAUGAAACGCGCUCAAAAUUUUAAUCGUGCUGCUAACUUUUUCGGAAAAUUACAACGGGAACAACAACAGCAACAACAACAGUCGCAAGAAUCUAAUAGCGACAUGAAUUCUUUAUUUCGUUUCCAGUCAGAUUCGGAAAGUUUAACAGGUACGUCAUCAGGAAGUAGUUCAACUUCUCAAGGCUACAGUCAUUCACCGGACGAUUUAAGCGUCGAUUCGUUGAUUAGUAUACUACUACAUCCUUACGUCGUUAAUGGUGAUGAUACCGUUAAGUUUUCUCAAUCGAAAGAGAUAACAAGUAAAUGCAACGACUAUCAAGAUUUUGACUGUCAAAUGGGUAUAGAAGGGCGUCGAUCGGUAAGGGGUGUUUCCUCUUACUUUUUAGAACUAUGCCUUUCAAUUAGCGACUUAUCUAUGGAUGUGAGUCAUUUGGAUUUAAAUUUGAGACCAGAACGGAAUGUAUUUCAAAAUGCACAACAAAAAAAGUUGAUGCCACCUUCAGAUUUCCAACAGACACCAAUAGUAUUUUGCAAAAUCCACGAAGCUCACCAAUGUUAUUGUCAGACUUGUAGUCGAUCCUAUUGCCCGGAAUGUUCUAUUUAUCACGAGGAACACGUAACGAUAAAUAUGAGAGAGGCUAUGGAGAGUGCAACGAUGGAAGCUAAUCGUUUACUGAACGAUGCACGAAUUGGAAUUGCAGCAAUGAAACAAGAAUUAAACUCUUGUCAGUCAGCUUCCGAAAUGGUAGAACAAAAAGCUAGACAAGCAGCGUCUGAUGUGAUGCUGUGCAUGAAAAGAAUAACAACUGCUUUGGAAAUACGUGAGAAGGAAUUGUUACGAAAAAUUGAAAAGACUAGAUCCAAGAAAUUUUCGACAUUGAAAGCGAGAGACAAUGGACUCAGAAUUGGUAUAGCUCAAUUGACGAAAACAGCAUAUGAACUUAACGCUGCUUUGGAAACUUAUACGGUUGGCAAUAAUCCACGAGCAUUGAUAACUUGCAAGGAUUUAGCAUUAUCUGAAAUGUGUAAGGUUCGUCAAAUUCAGCACAAUUUACCGCCACCGGAAGAAUGUUGGAUAUCAUUUACUGGAUCACCAACUGACGCGCUUCAAAACAUCGUGAAUUUGGGCACGAUUGUAUUAAACAAUCCUGGUCAUAUAGGUGAUCGUCGAUAUCUAAAAGGACGUGGAAAUUCACUUCCACAAGCGUUACCAACGACGCUUCUUUCAUUUUCAAAAGCUAAUGUUUCAAUACCACGAGGAAGACCAAUACCGCUGAACGAUUAUCCAGUGACAGUUUGGUUUGGAUCUAAGGUUCCUUCUUGCCAACCACAAAUCCUUGCGGAUAAUGCUGAUCCUAAGGAUAAUCUCUGUAGACCUUGGGGCGUUACCUGUGACAAAGAAGGAAAUGUCAUUUUCGCUGAUAGAUCGAAUAAUCGUAUACAAAUUUAUCGAUUGGAUGGUACAUUGGUCAGAAGAUUUGGUACAUACGGUAAUGGUCCUGGACAGUUCGACAGGCCGGCCGGUGUUGCUGUAGAUUCACGUCGACGUAUUAUUAUUGCCGAUAAAGAUAAUCACCGUGUCCAGAUCGUAACGAUGGAAGGCCAAUAUAUAACGAGUUUCGGCGAAAGAGGAUCAAUGUGCGGUUAUUUCAAUUAUCCCUGGGGUGUAGCAGUUAAUUCCGAAUGUCAAAUAGUUAUAUCAGAUUCAAGAAAUCAUCGUAUACAAUUGUUCAGUCCGGAAGGUGUAUUUCUUCGAAAAUUUGGCCACGAAACGGAUCCAACAAUGUGGAAAUACUUCGACUCGCCACGUGGAUUAGCCUUCAAUCCAGAAGGCAAUAUUGUUUGUGCGGAUUUCAACAAUCAUCGAAUCUUAAUCAUCGAUUACGACUUCAUGAAUUCUCGCAUCCUCAACUGCGAGGCUGCCAGAGGUGCUAAAGCAUUCCUCAGACCUCAAGGCUUGGCCAUCGAUGAUGAUGGUAACAUCAUUGUAGCUGAUUCAAGAAAUCACAAAAUACAGGUAUUUGAUUCUUCUGGAGCUCUUAUAACAGGUUUUGGCAGUUUUGGUACAGGUGUAGGUGAAAUGGAUAGACCGUCUGGUGUUGCUUUGUGUCCGGACGGUAGAAUCGCAGUUGUGGAUUUCGGUAACAACCGGGCUAUCUUGUUUUAAAUGAAUUUCAAUGAUAAAAAGGAGUAUCAAGCACAAAGUGUAGAUAUUCUCAAGUGUGUAUAUUGCUACCUUUUUCUCUUUCUCUUUCUAUCUCUCUUUCUCUCGCUUUCCCUCUCUCUCUCUC